CAGCUUGCCCAAACAAAAGCCCAUUGCUGGAGUGAAAGAAGUUAUUGUGGUGGCCUCAGGGAAGGGGGGUGUUGGGAAAUCAACCACUGCAAUGAAUUUGGCCCAUGGACUCACAGCUAAUGAUCCAGUAAGGAAUGCAUGCAUGAUUAUUCAUUUGCACAUUUUGUUAUUACUGUUGCAUACCAAUUUCUGCCCAAAUGGGAAUGCAGAACCAUGACAAUCUUGCUCUCUCUCAUGACAAUCUUGCUCUCUCUCUGUUUUACUACUGCUGUACUACCCAUUGUUCACUCAGUUGCUCUUCAUGUAUCUUUUCUGCACACAGAGUAAAACAGUGGGCAUCUUAGAUGCUGAUGUUUACGGUCCCUCAGUGCCUAAGCUGAUGAACCUGAUGGGGAACCCAGAACUAACUGACAACAACCUCAUGAGACCGCUUAUGAAUUUUGGGAUUCCUUGUAUCUCCAUGGGGUUUCUGGUAGAGGACGUAGCACCCAUUUACUGGAGGGGCAUGAUGGUGAUGUCGGCUAUAGAGAAGCUACUUAGACAGGUGGAGGAGAAUGAUCAUUCAUAUUGGGGACCGCUGGACUACCUGGUUAUUGACAUGCCACCUGGAACUGGAGAUGUUCAGUUAUCAAUCACUCAGAACAUCCCAAUAGCAGGAGCAGUGAUUGUGUCCACUCCUCAGGAUAUUGCCUUGCUGGAUGCACGCAGAGAAGCAGAAAUGUUCAAAAAAGUCAAUGUACCGGUCCUGGGCAUAGUCCAGAAUAUUAGCGUGUUUCAGUGCCCCAAGUGUAACCACCAGACCCACAUCUUUGGGGCAGACGGAGCAAGGUCACUUGCUGACACUCUGGGAGUACAAGUAUUGGGAGACAUUCCUCUACACCUGAGCAUCAGAGAGAUGUCAGACAGGGGCCAGCCUGUGGUGGUGUCCUCGCCUGAUAGGCCUGAGGGAACAAUAGAUAGUCAAGACAAACAUUGGCAAUGUUGGGAGUCAGACUGUGUAUUCGUCACCAUAACAUUGUGUACGUUUUACACUUUUGAGAGUUUGCCAUGUUAGUUUUCUACCUGGGUUUGUUUCAUAUAUGUCUGCCUAUGCGUAUUGUUUUAGGCUGAGGCCUACAGAAAAGUGGCAACUACCGUGGUCCAGCGUCUAGAAGAACGCUUUGGUUGAGUGACUGCCAACUACUGUGUAGGACAACUGGACAACUAGUAAUCUACAGAAAAUGGACCAGAACACUGCUCUUCUCCCUAUCCCCCACUGUUGCCGCAGAGUCCGCAGAAAUCCAUGGUAUCUGAUCCGGUUACAUUGAUAUAUAUGACAUACUUACUCUAUGGAAUGAUGUAUAGUAUAUUGGACUUUCAUUGUAGUGACAGUGAUAACAUUAUGUUCAGUUUCAGUAGCAAUCUGUCUCUUCAAACCGGUCAGUAUUCAAUAUAUAGAUUUAGUGUUCAGUCUGAUGUUCAAAUACAACAAGUUUUAAUUUAAGCCUUGACACCACAAUGUACAGUCCACAGUAAACUCAUUGAUUGUUAUUUAUGCCCUAAAAGCAUAGGGUGAAAAUAAAGGAAUGCUUUGAUUAUA